AUGGACAUUGAUCUUAAAAUUAAAAAAACUUGGAUGCAGCUUGAUCAGGAGUACAUGAUGAUGGCAGCUGAUACACCUUCCAUCGACUACUCCACAAAUCUCAAAUCCUAGCCUGAUCAAGCCCUUGAGUCCUUCAAUAAAGAACCUGACUCUUAUAAGACUAGUGAUGAAAUAACAGGCUGGGGAGGAACUCAUCACAACUUUAAUUAAAGUCCAGGGAAAGGUCAUAGAAAUUCAGAAACUAAAAAAGACAAUUUUUUAGACUACCUCAAAGCAACGAAGAUUUAAAGGGAUUCCAAUUUCUAUCACCGAAGUGACGGAGGAAUGGUCUCAAAAUCAUUUGACUGA